AUGUCCCGCGUCGUCGCUCGCUCGACGCUCCGCUCCAUCGCUCGCGCGAGUUCACGGAACGUUGAGAUCCGCGCGCGUCGUCCGACGUCGUCGUUCCGUCGCGCGAGCACCCGAGCGAGCGCGGUGGAGGUGAACCCGUCGACGAAGUGGGAGUUUCGCUUGCUCUACGACGGCGGUUGUCCCCUGUGCGUGCGCGAGGUGGAGUUCUUGCGGGCGAAGGACGAGGGACGGGGGAAGCUCUCGCUCGUAGAUUGCGCGAGCGAGGGGUACGACGCGAAAGAGAACGCGGGGAUCGAUUACGAGACGGCCAUGGCGACGAUUCACGGCUUGACGCCGGACGGGACGGUGUACACGGGCGUCGAAGUGUUUAAGCGGGCGUACGACGCGGUGGGGAUCGGAUACGUCUACGCGUUCACGAAAGUGCCGGCCUUGUUGCGAGCGGCGAACGCGGUGUACGAUGUGUGGGCGAAGUAUCGGUUGAACGUCACGGGAAGGGGGUCGCUCGAGGAACACCUGCGCGCGCGUCAAGCCGUCCUGGACGGUAAGGCGUGCGGCGUGCAGAGCGGUGCGUGCGAGGAAUGA